GGGCGUAGCUGGCCUUCAGCAUGCAUCGCGCAUGCUGCAGCUCGCAAGCUACCAAGGCGACAGUGCUCAGCGCUGAGAGAAACUUAUCCUACUGCCGGGUCUAAAGACCACUCAACAGUACAAAAGAAGUUUAUUGAUAUCAGAAAUGGCCGGUGAAACUGGCCCUAGAGGCAGAAAAGGCUCAGUGAGGUUACAAAGUGAACACCAGUUGUCUUCAUCACGUUCAGUAUACCGGGGAAUGUGGGAAGGACAAAACUGCAACUGUCGUUUAUGCAAGAAAGUGAUCAUAGGAAAGCGUCACUGCUUCUUCAACAAUGCACGACACCACCAAAUGAAACAAAGCUCUUCACAAAAGCUCAGAGACUGUUCAAUAUAUAGUGAAGAUUGUACAGACUCACGAUCCAGAAGAUCGAAGUUUGGCAGCCACAAGUGCGGUGAAAGAACACCAACCCACCAGCAACACUGGAGCUCAGCACACUUCAGUAGACUAGCACUUUCUCUCGUUCUCCUGCUCUCAGUAUUUAGUACUCCUUCUCUUGCACAUGGCCUUCCGUGGGACUCGUGGUCAAUUGAAGAUCCCUCAACUCCUGGCAAUGUAUACUAUGACUCUGCAGCCCUGGAUAUUCCUGAUCUAGUAGCCAUUGCUGGACGCUUGUUUCGGUACCAGGUUUCAACUGGUACUCCUGAUAGAUCAUCUCUACAUUUCCAGGCCCGUGAGGCUGGAAGGAACGAGCUGCCAAAAUGGCUCUCAUUCGACUCGACUUCCGGUACCUUCUCAGGUGUCCCACUGAAUGGAGACAAGGGAAAGCUGUACAUCACGUUGGACGUGUACAUUUCGAAAGGGGGUGGGUCUGUUGCGAUUAGCGAGACACUCUUUUCUCUCAAAGUUGUUGGGCAGAAACCCUUUACAUCACCAACACCGCCUAAAUCUCAGACAGUCCUAACAAAUAGAACAAACUGCCCGGAAAACUUCUAUCUUUCCCAAGAGAAAGUUCCUAGCUUCCCUAUUUGCCCCAAUGGUAGUCCCCCAGUCUUAGCCACUCUGCUUACGUAUCCCAGUAUGACGAAAAUUUCCGGCGCUGCAAGAGUAAGCUUACUGGUUUCACUAUCUAAAGCUCUCGAUGUCUGCCCCGCUUCCCUUGUGGUAGACAACAUAGGCUGGUCUAGCAUUGAAAGAAUGAAGCUAUGGAGCCAACUGGCAGAGGCAGGUAUCGCAGAAUAUCUUGAUUCAACAUCGGCCAUUUCUCUCACGCUUUCAUGUGACAUCAACUACUACAAAAGUCAAUCUGUAAUGGUACUGCAAAAUCUUAACAAAUACGUUUCAGAGCAGUCACAAACUGAAUUUGACACUGUAUUGUGGUUCGUAUCAAGCGGUGGAAACGUGUUAGAGAAAUCGGCGGGAUCUACAACUGUGCAUACUCGCUUUCGCAGGCAAGUGGUUGAUCUUGAAGAGCUUCCCACCAUAGAGAUAACAACCACUUCACCAGAACUAGUCUCAUCUUCCGCUGCUACAUCACUACCUUCUUCUCAGCAGCAGGCAGCGCAAACUAGUAGCACUAGUACAGUAGAUGGCAGAAUUAGUACUUCAUUGUCUAUCAGCAAUACUUCAAGUACAACCAUGACCAACAUGUUUACUGGUGGAAGUACUCUCACAACUGAAAGUCCAGCCACUUUAGCAAGUUUAGUUACAGCUGAUUUGCCUAGAUUUACUUCUGUGGUCCCAACCACUACCUCUGUUACUUUCAGUACAACCGAUUUGCCUACACAUACUCCAAGCAGCAGUGCGGAUGUACUACAAUAUACUUUGCCAAUGCUGUCUCCUUCACGCAGAGCUCUCGCAAGCCCCACAAUUACGUCUGGGCUUGACCUACAGACAUCAGCAGUCUCAGGUGCCGCUCAACCCACAUCAAUACUAAUUGCUCCAAGUAGCAGGGUUGUCCCCUCGUCUGAGCCUACACUAAUCCUCACUCCGUCAUCUCUGCCACCAACAAUACAACCGUCACUACCAUCACUGGAACCGUCAUCAUCGGAGCGUCACACCAGCUCAGAGCGUGGACCGGAAAUUGCGGUAUCUUCGAUCCCAGUAGUGUCGUUGAUGUUUUCAAUGGAGUCUCGCCUUCUCACAUCUCUCCCAAUUCUGACAGAGUCAUUCUCUCCAACUGCCGACUCUUCUCGUUUGUUCACCAUCCAGUCAAGCAUCGAUGAUUUACGAUCUCCUACACCAACUGUGUCAAUCUUAUCUCUUCCACCAAGCAGCUUACUACCAGCCAGUAGCUCUGAGGUCAUUCUAAUGCCUGAUACAAGCACCCCAUUUCCUUCUCCCACACCCAGCCCAUCUCUUAGACCAAGUGUGCCAUUCUCAACUCAAUUACUGACUGAAACUUCACUCGCCCCUAUAAUUAUUAGCUCGGAUAUUCUCUUACCCGAGACCCCCAUGUUCUCUACACCACUAAUAACUGAUUCCUCUCUCGCCCCUGCAAUUAGCUCAGAUAUUCUCUUGCCAGAUACUGCCUCACUCUCUACCUUACUACUAACUGAAUCCUCCUUUGCCCCUACUAUUAGCUCAGGUAUUGUCACAACCACACGGUUCCAGACUUCCACAGAACCAAGCCUACCUCCGGAACUUUCUUCCACUGUCUUUAUGCUAGUUCCAACCAGUACUGUGCCAGACUUCACUAGUGACCUACUGAUGCCUGAAACUUCUCUUAUGCCAUCAGCAACCUCUGGUCGUCCUUUCAGUAGUACAUUAGUAGUGCUACCAACCAUAGAGCCUACGUUAACCUUAACCGCAGAGCUUCCCAUCAGCAGCAGUUCAGAAGUACCAUUGACAACAAUACAGCCUACACCAAGAUUUUCUUCUGAAUUCCUCACCACAGCAACCCCAGAUAGUACGGUGUUUUCGAGCCCUGUGGUACCAUCGUCUUCAAACAACCUACUCCUGCCAAUGUCCUCGUCAGAACUGACUCUUUCUCUUAGUGUCUUUACCCCAUCUCCAGUCCCCUCUCUCUUUCUCUCCUCCAUAGACAUAUUCCCAGACCCUUCAUCUACACCCAUAUCUGCACCAACAGCAACAAUUCAACCUGAUAUGACUUCUUCAAUGGUGGACGUGUUUACUUCAUCGUCAAUGCUAAUUCUUUUUCCAGAGACUACAUCAGUUGUGUUUGUUUCUCCCUACCACCACUUCUGUCAUUGCUUCCAGUGAUUUCAUUACAACUUCAACGCCACUGCCAUCCUCGAGCGAACAAAUUAUCCUCCCUGAACCAACGACCAUUUUUAUUCCUCCCUCAUCGUCUUUGGCUACUUCUUCCAUUGUUUUGCAAACUCCAUUCAUUUCUAGUGCAAUAUCCUCCAUUGAUGUGUUCAUGCCAUCAUCCUCCGUUGUUUUACCAACGGAAACCGAAGUCAUUUCCCCCGAAUCUACUACAUUUGAACCACCACUGACAACACUUGACUUCACUGAAUCUCACACAUUCUCUUCUUCGGUAGCUAUUGAACUAACUGAAACUAUGGUUCUUCAAACCACGCAACUCUCAACUGCAACUGUGUUUCAAACAGCCAACCCAUCACCUCUGAGCACAUUCUCUCCAUUAUUCCCCCGUUCUCCUUCCUUCACACCCUUCCCAUCCUCUUUCCUCACAUCCUCCCCUUCUCCCUCCCUCACAACUUCCGUAUCUUCCUCCCUGGCACCCUCCCCAUCUCCCUCCCUCACACCCUCCCCAUCUUCCUCCCAGGCACCCUCCCCAUCUUUCUCUCCAUCCCCCUCACCCCCACUAUCCUUCUGCGAACAAUUCAACAUCGACUGCGGGAAAGGAAUUUGCCUUGAUGACGAUGACAUCGACAUUACAUCACUCACAUUCUGCCAAUGCUUCCCAGACUACACUGGUUCAUUUUGCAACGACAUCAUAGAUGACUGCUCCCCAUCCCAAUGCUCUGUAGAUGGUACGCGUUCAUGUAUUGACGGAAACUCGACUUUUACUUGUAUCUGCCGUGAAGAAUACACAGGGGAAUUGUGCGACGAACUACUCUUUCCUUGCCUAUCAACUCCUUGUCAUUCGCUGGCAACAUGUGUGGAUCGGGGUGUAGGACAGUUUGAGUGUGUGUGCCCUAUGGGGUAUACAGGGGUGUUGUGCGAUGAGGACAUUGACCCCUGCGACCCCAACCCUUGUACAACGAAUGAGACAUGUGUCGUCAUUGAUGCUCAAAACUUUACGUGCAGCGAAAGAUCUGUCAGUAUGUCUGUUAUUGCUCCAACGCCAACAACAGUACCGCCAUCUGUGAGUGACUCUAUUUCGCCCUCCCAGACAGUUUCAAGUUCCAUAGUCACUUCCGCUAGCUCUUCUAUUGCGAGAAGUUCUGAAACAUCGCGUACUAUUUCGUCCACCCCAGUUCAGUCAACAGUGGUGGUCUCCCCAUCACCAACUUUAACCCCAUCCCCACCAGUUUCGAACGAGAGUCCCAUGCUCCUGAAUCCCAUUGGAACACUGAUAGCAAACAGGGGACAGAUAUUCCGGUUUGCCGUCCCAGAGGACACGUUUUACGACCUGGAAUCAGGUUCAGCCAGUUCUCUCUCAUUGACUCUGCUCAAUUACAGGGGUGACCCACUUCCUAAUACAACAUGGGUACAGAUCAAUGGGGGCAAUAUUGAGGGUUUGCCCCUUUCAUUAGAGAUCACCAACGAAGCAAUCACCGACCAUCUCUUCAUUCUUCAGGCCCAAGACAAUGUGGGAAAUUCGGCGCACGAUUUUGUCACAAUUCGUGUUUUUCCACUUGGUCCUUUUUCAAGUCUUUUCACAGUUCUAUUUGAGAACGACUUUGAAAUGCUAAAUCAAAACAUAACACAAAAGAUCAACCUCGUCGAGCGACUAUCGAGUUCAGCUAUAUCUUCACGAGUGGUAGAAAAACGGCAACUCGAACCUUCCCCGCAAGAUUAUAACCCAGAAGAGAUUUUCAUUAGAGAGAUUUUUGAUACGAGUCCUCUAUCUGUGUCGUAUAAGAACCUAACUAUUCCGGACCUCGACUGCACAGAGUUUUACAACUGGAUCCAAAACAUCUACAAUUUCACGGGCAACGAGUACACGCUGAGAUUCUUGCAAGCAAUGGCACCAGAUUUUCACCCGACGCCCACGCCAACCAUCGAGGGAAUUUGCCGGCUAACGACCAGUAACAUCCCCCCAAUUGUAGGCAAAGAAAUAGAAAUUGACAUAUCUGAUACCGACAUUAGUCACAGGACUAUUCUUUUGGGUACACUCGCCCCUGCAGCCUGUGUCGCUCUCUGUUGCCUACUCAUAGGUCUCUGUGCUCUGUGCAUGUAUCGACGACGAAGAUCGGAGAGAAAGUACUGCACAUCAAGAAGACUUUAUCUCAACCGGCGACCCAUUGUCUUGGAGGGUGAAGCUGAUUUCCCUGAUCGCAGGGGGCGGCCCGUAAUCCUAGAAAACGAGCUUGCUCUGCAAGGAGAUUCAGAUGAAGAGGAGAGUUAUCUAAUGUGUCCAGUGACUUAUCCAUCAUUCCACCUGCUGAAGGCGAACGAGAGAGACUUGUUAGACUUCCGUCUGUAUCCCCUCCAAACUACCGCCUCCCACCUCUAUACACACACGGACAAUUCUAUGACUACUCCCACGAUGCAUCAUAACAUUAUGGAUUUCUAAUGUAUUUUUAACGCACUGAUUUUUAUGGCCCUCAAUUACUUGACCUA